GGGGGCCCCCUGCCGGGAGGAGAUGCGCACCUGGGUGGUCUCGGCUCCGGGGAAGGUGAUCCUGCACGGGGAGCACGCCGUCGUCCACGGCAAGCUUGCCCUGGCCGUGGCUUUGAACCUGAGGACAUUCCUUCAGAUGACCCUUCGGAAUGAUGGGAAGGUCUUGAUACAUCUGCCAAAUAUUGGGACCAAGUUGCACUGGGAAACAUCUGAGCUGGAGCCCUUACUGGCAGCGUUCCCUGCUGGCCUGAUUGACUCUCAGCCCCCCAGCCCAGGACAAGUGGAGAAGCUGAAGGAGUUUGUGGGGGCUGCAGAGGGAGCGGCUGCAGCCACACACAGCCUGGCCGUCGUGGCCUUCCUCUACUUGUACUUGUCCAUUGCGUCCAAAUGCGGGGUCCUUCCAAGCAUGGACAUCCUGGUGUGGUCUGAGCUGCCCACAGGUGCUGGGUUAGGUUCCAGCGCUGCUUAUUCCGUCUGCCUCGCAGGGGCUUUGCUUUCUGGGUGUGGGGUCAUCAGCUACCCUCUGGGCGAGGGCCAGUCUGUAGCCAGGUGGGCUGAGGAUGAGCUGGACUUAAUCAACAGGUGGGCCUUCCGAGGAGAGCAGGUGAUCCAUGGGAACCCCUCUGGAGUGGAUAAUGCUGUGGGGACCUGGGGUGGAGCUUUGAGAUACCAGUCAGGAAAAAUCUUGCCGUUAAAAAGAGUCCCCACUCUACGGAUUUUAUUGACCAACACCAAGGUCCCUCGGAGCACCAAGGUCCUGGUUGCAGGGGUUAAAGACAAGGUGCUGAAGUUUCCUGCCAUAAUGGAGCCGGUGCUGGCUUCGAUUGACGCCAUUUCCCAGGAGUGCGAAGAUGUCCUCAAAGCAAUGGCCGAUCAUCCAUCUCAGGAGCACUACCUUGUGCUGGAGGAACUCAUUGACAUUAACCAGCACCACCUGGAUGUGAUUGGAGUUGGCCAUUCCUCCCUGGACAGAGUCUGCCAAGUCACCGCCUCUCACGGGCUGCACAGCAAGCUGACGGGCGCAGGGGGAGGCGGCUGCGCCAUCACUUUGCUACGGCCAGACACUCCUCCUACAAUAGUGGCAGCCGCCACCCAAGACCUGGACGCCUGUGGGUUCGAGUGCUGGGAGACGGACAUUGGGGCCCCGGGUGUGUGUGUGCACUCGCCCCCCUCCCUGAAAGCAGAAGUGCAGGCGGUUCUUAGCGGGGUUUAAAGGCGGUGGCAGAGGCUCCUCUUCCUGCUGAGAAUUGGUUCCUGGUGCCGCGAGUUCAUCACCCUCAGCCGUUGCUCAGAUUUGACCGCAGAGGCCUCGCUCAAAAUUGUGGGACCCCUGGAGAUUUUGGGUUUACUUGGCCUAUUGGACCCUGGAGAAUGCAGUGCAAGGAUUCUGACAGGGCCUGUUUGCUGGAAGCGGUGGUGUCCCCACAAGUUGCUUUGCUGGGCCUGGUUACGCAGCUUGGAAGGGCUGUCACUGGGUGCUGAGGGUGCUGGGUGCUGGCUGUCUUCUGCUUGACUCUCUUCUGUCCUCCUAACUUCAGCAGGGAAGUCCUUUUCCAGCCUGUCGAGACCUUGCCAGGGCACGGCUGCUUUGCUCCCCUGUGCGGAUAAGGUAGAGCUUCUCUCAUAUUCCCUUGCAGGGUGGCUGGAACUACAUGCGCUCAGGCAUAUGUGGAGUUGGGGAAGCACUUGUUUGUAAAGCGGGUGUGGGGGUUUGAUUUUGUUCUGUCUUUUUGCAAGGGACAAGUGACAACUUUUGGGGAGGCUCGAUCCAUCACUUUCUCCCCCCCCCCCGCAGCCUCCUUCCUAGCUGUUCUCCCGCCCCCCAAAAUGCAGUUGAUAUGUGCACUGGGACCUCAGUUGGCAGAAGAAGGCUUAAGCUCCACUCGCCCCAAAUCGCAGCUUUGCAGCUCUUCUGAGGAAGGGGAAAUUGGGGGCCCAACCGUGAAUGCCUUGCGGGACCAAAAGGAGCCAACAUUCUCUCCUCCGGACUUGUCGGCACUACUUCCGUCUUCCAUUGGUUUCAGCAUUUCCCAUAACUUUUCCAGACUUUGGCUCAAUUUCCCAGCCUUACUUGGCAUUGGGAGAUCUGAUUGCCUGGUCUCUGGAAGAGUCAGCUGUCUCAGGUAGACAGCCCUGUGGACUCCCAACUCCCGGCAGCCAGCAGGACCCUGCACACUCAGGGAUGCUGAGAGUUGGGAGUCCAGCAAGGCCUUGAGGAGACCCACAGGUCCCCCCACCUUGGUCCUAGGCACAGAAGCUUGAUGGGUGGGGUGGAGGAGGAGGAGGUGCCCUUGUUCCUAACAAAAUGUCCGGCAGUUUGAAAUGGAAUUGGGGUGGGGGGAAGUGACCUCCUUAGUCUGUUGGUUCUGUAUUGCUUUCUAAUGAUGUGUACACAGAGAGAGAAAGAGAGGUAAAUUGCAACUUACACAGAUUUACCAUGUGCGAUUUCAACUGUAUGUGGUUGAAGGCUGGCCAGUUGAAAUUGCAACAAUUAAAGUCACGGAAGAAAGAGAGGCUAAAAGUUCUUUUUGCGCAGGGUUUUCCUGGCCCGAAAAUAGCUUUUAAGUUCUCUGCCUUGUUCUGGGAGGCUCUUGUGAGAGAUUUCAUGGUACCAUCCGAGACCUCGCAAGACCUUCCCAGAGUCUGGUGAGCAAGGCAGAGAGCUUAAAAGCCCUGCUUGGAGGAUACGACCUGUUUGGUGCACAGGGGCAGUUCAAGGGGCUGGUUUGAGAAUGUGCUUUUUUGCAAAUAUCCACCACCCCAGAAAUGUAGCCCCCAUGCAAGACGCAAGUUACCUGUGGGCAUGUAUGCAUAUGUGUGUGUGAACACUCACCAGGGCUGCAAGGUUUGAUCUGGGGAGCCUGCGGUGAGUUUUCUCCAGAUAUUGCUGGACUACAACUCCCAUUAACAUCCCUGUCCAUUGGCCAUGCAUGCUGCAGAGGAUGAUGGGAAAUUGAUUCCAGUGACACCUGAAGGGGUUGCCCCCUCCCUUUAAUGAGCAGAUUAAUCAACCCAUAUAUGUUUCUUUUUGAAGGGAGGGGAGACUCUGCAAGUUGAGGGCACACUUUGAAGAGACAGUUUUGAUUCUGCUAUGUUCCUGCAGUGGAGAAUGAAAAAUAAAACACUGCAGAGCUAUCCUUUGUAAUUCGAAA